AAACUGGUGAUCUGUACUCUAGCAGCUACGUGCAAUCCGUGAAGAGAGAAUACAACAUGCUGCUCAGAGAAAAGUUUGAUACAAAACUAAUCUGGGUAUCACUUCGGAUCUUUUACAUGCUCUCCGUGACAGAAAAUCACAAAAAGUACAUAAACACGUUUCUGGUAGAAUUUGUAAAUUGCACGAAAAAUGCAAGAAAGCAGCAACAAGAUAUAAUUAGCGAAGUGGUAUCGCAACAUUUCUGGGAAACAUUUCAAGAGAUGGAGAUGCGAGAUCUUUUUUUCAUCUAUAUUCGACCAUGUUGUCUCAAGGAAGGGGCAGCAUACCUCUUACAUCUUCUCGAUGAGCUUGUGUUGAACAUCGUGAAAAAGAAUGGGUUGGUGAAUGUUUAUAACAUGAUCGGAAUAGAGGAGUCAGCACGGUUGUGCAUGUGGUAUUUUAACCUGGCAUCUGAUUUUUACCCAUGGGUUGAGUAUGAGCAUGUUGACAACAAAUUUUCAUUCGAGUAUAACGGUGAAUGCAUGGCUUGCAUCGAAGGGUUUACCGAUAGUUGCGGUGUUAAAAAGCGAACAAUGGCACAUGAACAUACCACAUACGUGGGAAAAUUAAAAAAGAUAUUCAUAGUCUACGGGUCUAAUUAUCAGCCAAUUGAAAUUAUUACACGUGAACCAAUCAUCAAGGCAAGAAACACGAGAUAUGAUCUGUGCGCAUUGCGUGAAUCACUCGAGAAAGAAUUUUGGGAGCUCAAGAGAUUUCUUAAUUACAACAGAUGCGU